AUGUACCUUUGGGUCUUCCCGAACCGAGACUAUGCCGUGGGUGCCAUCUCAGGCGUCGUAGCAUCAUGCGCCGCCGUGGGUCUCUCACAUCCCAUCGAGGCCGUGAAGGUGCGUAUGCAGACCGCUCAGCACCUGGAGCCGGGUGCCGCCUCCACUUCUCUCGGCCGAUUGGCUGGCCUGCUGCGGAGGCCUUACUAUGGUGUGGGCCCUCACCUUGUGCAGUACAUGCUGCUGAACUCUGUGCGCUUCGGAUCCUACCAAGCUGCCCAGGGAUAUCUUCAGAGAAGAGCUGGUGAAAGACGCCUUUGGCUUUCCGAGAUCUUCGGAGCUGGCGCUUUCUCUGGCUUUUGCGUCGCCGCCCUGCUCCAUCCCCUCUUCGUUGUGAAGACACAUCAACAGGUCAACCGGCUCUCCACGCCACAGGCAGCAAAGCGCUUGUGGCACGGAGAGGGACCGAAAGGCCUUUUCCGCACGUUCUUCGCUGGCUUUGCCCGCUUUCCUUUGGCCCUUGGGGUCUUCUUCGCGUCCUACGAAGCGAUGAAGCGCAGUUCGUCGCUAUGGCCGUUCGACAGACUCGGUUCGGAAGUCGCAGCAGUGCAGCUGCGCAACAGUGUUUACGGAGCUGUCGCUGGUGUCUUCUGUUGGACAUCAGUUUUCCCGCUGGACGUCGUGCAGAGCCGUGUCAUGGGCGAGGCAGCCUAUGGAGCAGACCGCAAGUACACCGGUGUGGUUGCAUGCGCUCGCGAACUCUACCGCGUGGAGGGGCUUAAAGCCUUUGUCCGAGGAUACUCCGCCGUUCUCAUGCGGGCCGGUCCUGUGAAUGCCGUCCUUUUUCCUGCCGUGGACUUCCUGAAGCCUGUGGUGGACAAGCGGAAUUCAGACAUGCAUGACAUUUUCGUGUCCGGGAGACAACUCGCAGAGCCGUGGCUACAGAGUUCAUUGAAAGGCACUUACAACGCGGCUGAGCAAAGAGGUGUUGCCUUGGAUCUCAUCGGUGUCUACCUGAAGAACUACGAGAUAGACAAGUGCGACUACGUACUGGAUCGCGUGGUGCCCUUGGCACGGAAGAAGGGCGGAACAUGGCUCAUCAAGGCGUUGGACAAGCUCUGUGCGGUUCGGAUGAAGCAGUUCCGGGCCUAUGACGCCCUUAUGGCCUUGAAAGAGAUCGAGCAACUGGUGCCUUUCCGGCCGGAGGAGGGCUGGGAGUUCCAUGACAUCAUGUACAGAAACUUCGCGUGGUGCUAUUCUUCCCUAGACGAGGCAGAGAAGUGCCUCGAGUACACGCGGAAAAGCGUAGAGGUCAAGAAAACCAACGGCGUCCCGGCCACAUGGUUCGACAUAUGGGACCUCGGAAAGGCACAUGCGCGGCUAGGCCUGGCGACCCGGGGGGCUUUUGGGCUCAGCGCUUAA